AUGAUGAAUUUCGAUAAUUUCUUUCGACGUUUUAUAUUAAUUCAAUCAUUUGUACGUGAUUGGGGAAAUCCAUUUCAUUUACAAGAAAUUUUUACCUGUCGAGGUGAAAAAAUUGGUAAAGAAAAAGGUAAUCAAAAUUAUAUAAAUGCUCGGUUUCGUUCACCACUUGCCAAUUAUUUACCACAUUUGAUUCCAUCUCAAGUAAAGCCAUCGACACAUUAG